AUGGUGGCUUCCUUCCUCACAUUUGUUCGUUCACAGUCGACAUCGCGUCGCAGCCAAACUGCAACAAGCAAUGAUUCGCCGCAAGGAAGAACUUUAGGAUUAAUUAGCCCAAUCUUAGGUGGUUUAACUCGUAGGCGCCCAAUAGGACUUGGUGGCCUCGGCGCUCUCGGCGGCCUUGCUGGUGGAGGAUUGCAGUCUGAUCCGAUCUACGGUGGUGGCUAUGGCGGUUAUGGUGGUGGCUAUGGCGGUUAUGGUGGUGGCUAUGGCGGUUAUGGUGGAUAUCCGCUUUUUGGCGGCUACCCUGGCUUAUUUGGCGGUUACGCUCCCUACGCUUACCGUCCACGACCAUAUUAUCCCCUGUAUGGGGGCUACAAUCCUUAUGCGGCUUAUCAGCGACCCAGCUAUGGUUCAUAUGGUAGUGAUUUAAAUAGUUUGGCACCAUCUCAGCAGACCGCAAGUACGAGCACAAGUGGAUUCGGAACGAGUGGGUUAGGCAGCGGGACGAGUGGAUUAGGCAGCGGGACCGGUGCGGGCUCAACAGCCGCGCAGGCGCAAAUCGCCAAUCAGCUCGGACAGACAUUGGGCGCUAGCUUGCGUCCAUUGCUGAUGUCUGGUGGAGGUUUAGGCGGAGCUGGUGGCGCUGGUGGCGCGGGUGGUUUGGCAAGUUUAUUGGGCCUGUUAGGCUAA